AUGCUUCCGUUAGCUUUCAUAGACCAACCGCAAGGAAAAAUCCAGGGGAAAGCCGAUAAGAAGAGAGUUAGACAACAUGCUAUGAACCAUAGCGUCACAAGCAGGAGUGGUGGUAGGCAGACAAAGAAAAGGGGAGAGUUGGUUGAACUUGAAGUUCCCGAGGGGUUUGGCGAAAGUGGGGUUGUUGAGUUUGGAGACGACAAUGGAGGGAGGGAGCUGGUCCAGAUUGAUGAUACCGAUGAUAUCGAAGCUGCCACGGGGAGGUUGAUGGAUGUUGUUGUCGGGAUGGAUAGACGGUCGGGUGAGGGGGAAAGUAGUGGAAGUGGUGUGAGUGGGUUUGUUGCUGGUGGUUCGCAGUUGGUGUUCGAUGCUGGGACAUCGAGUUCUAGGGCUUUGAAGCCAUUGGCACCGAAGGCAAUAGAAGGCUCUAUGACUUCUUCUGAUACAUCGAAGAUGAGAAGUCGUGGAAGAGUGUUUGCUCCGAAAGUUAGAACUGGUUGUUUGGCUUGCAAACAACGACGUAUCAAAUGUGAUGAGACAAAACCGUCUUGUCAACGAUGUAUCCAGUAUUACGGCUCCUGUUCCGGUUACGCUCCACAAUCUCAGCCAAAGCCGAACUCUACACUCCGUCCAAUCGUCAGACGUCCGUCUGCCACUGUUGAACGUCCGCUUACACUUCUCGAGUUCGAAAACGACACUUCAUCUGCCUACUUCAGAAUCUACCGAGAAGAAACCUCUGUAGAGGUAACUGGCAUAUUUGCAUCUUCAUUUUGGACUCAGAUCAUCCUUCAAGAAGCACAUCGGCAACCAUUUGUCCUGAAAGCUGUGUCAGCGAUUGGAGCAUUAAGUAAAGCGACGAAAGCAGAGCACUGGGCUUCUCUACUCCCAAUGCGCUCAGAGAUGCUGUUGGCAGAAGCGAAAAGUCAUCGAGAAAGUGCUCUAAGCAUUUAUGCAUCUGCAUUACGACAUAUGCGCACCCUCGCAGCCACCACAGAACACGAGCUUCGUCGGAUAGUAAUCUCAAGUCUCUUAGUAUUCGCAUUCGAAACCUUUUACGGCUCUCCGGACGUAGCAUUCUCACAUGCUCUGAUCGGCGACAGACUUAUCUGCAAUUGGCUCCUCAAAAUAGGACACAACUCAGGAGUAUCCUCCCCAGAACCAAACGAUCUCGAAGACGACAUCCUGCGGGCCUUCAUGAGAGUUGAUCUGCAUAUGAUGACAUUCACGGACGUACGAGCAUCCAAAACCCAUCGACUAGGCAAAAAAGACGGUCAAUCGUCCAUCGACACCAUGCCCCUCUGUUUUCAAGACAUCAACGAAGCAAAGCUAUACUGGGAGCUCAUUAUGCGACGAAGUUGUCACUUCGCGUACGACUCAUUUAGAACAAGCCAAUCGAUUCGGUUACAGCGAGAAUUCCACACAUCAACCCCGAACCGAGGCGUCGAAAUGGUGUCUGGCAAUACAAUUUACUCAUCCCCAUAUUCAGUACCACAAGAACUCAUCUCCGAGUCCCAAAUAUUCCUCUCAGAAAUCACACGUUUCGAGCGCGCUUUCAGUUCCCUCUACACCCACGUUCAAGCUUCUGGCAACACAAUCGACUAUAUCUGCGCCGCCUGUCUGCGUAUGCAUUACCUAGCCACUAAAAUCAUGGUCGCCGGCACUGUCUUCACCUCGGAAAUGGAAUACGAUGUCUUCCUGCCUGAGUUCGAGGAAAUAUUAGUCGUGUCGCGCUAUUUGACGGGGACGUGCCUGGAUUAUAAGAAUUGCGAGCCGAAGUUUGGAUUAGACUUGGGGGUCGUGUCGCCGGCGUUCUUGGUUAUGUUGAGGUGUAGGGAUAGGAGGGUUAGGAGGGAGGUUUGUGGGGUGCUGUUUAGUAAUCCGAAUCGGGAGGGUCCUUGGGAUCGCACGAUGAUGGCUCAAGCCGGGAAAUGGAUCAUGGAAAUUGAAGAGCGAGGGUUAGAUGGGGAGGCACCUAUACCUGAGGAAAAUAGAGUUAGGUUGAGUAGGGUCAUGAUUGAUAUGGAGAGGAGGAGGAUGGUUCUGCAGUGUGUUAGGAGGAGUGGGUUGGAUGGGGGGGUGUUGGAGUGGGAGGAGGGUGUCGUUGAGCUCGAGUAA